AUGCAUGAACUUUGUGAUAAAUUAGAUGAUGUAUUACUUGAAUAUUUUUCAUUUAUUUCAAACUAUCAAGAACAAUGGAAACAAAUAAAUACUGAAUUAGAGAAUGGAUUUUUACAACUUGCCCAUGCAAAGUAUACAAUGGGUCCUGGUAGAAUAACUCAAAACCAAUAUGAUGAAAGAAUGAAGGCUUCUACAAGAGUUUUAAUAUCAAAGGUUGAAACAGCCGUUACUGACACCUCCAAUUUAAUCAAUUCUUCAAAUGAACAUAAUUAUACAUUGAUAAAUUAUGAUGAAUUUAGUGAAGAUGAUGUUGAUGACUCUGAUAAAAUUAUCAUCAAAAAUACAACUAGCUCAACUCUUCGUCAACGUAGUUUGAAAAGUACAAAUAAAGAAGAGAUGGAGGAUUCUGGUAUAAAGAAGUCAUCGAAAAUUAAAGUUAAUAAAAAUCCAUUAAAUUGGUUUGGAAUUUUAGUACCAUCUACAUUAAGAGAUACACAGAAACAUUUCAAACAAGCUCUUGUAAGCAUGGUUAUGAUCAUAAACAUUCACAAUAAGAUUUUGGAGAAAGAAAAUGAAUAUAAACAUUUAAAACAACAAAAAGCUUUGAGAAUAAAUCAAAUUUUAGAAUCUGACAAAAAAGAAACAAAUGAUGAAUCAAUUUCUUCAUGA